UUCUCACGCCUAAGAUAGGAGGGAUCUCCCACAAGAAGGUGCGGACAAAAUUACAAAACCUUUUUCUACUCUUCUUCGUUCGAGAGUCUAACCACCUCCAGUCUCCACCACCGCCAGCAACUAUAUUCUUCUUCACUUCUUCUUCACUUCUUCUUCACUGGAAGUUAAGGUACGAUCUCUCUCUACUUCUUCCUGUUCUUCAUCUUCAUUAGGUAAACAGGUGUUCAAAUUUUGGUGCUAGCGGUGGGAUUUUGAAAUUAGAUAGAUGGCAACACCAGAAUACCUAUGGAGCCCCCCAUUUAGUGAUAAGAGUGCUGUGAGGCUUCCAAUCUUGGAAACACCCGGUGACAAAUCGGAGAUGCUGGAGGACCCUGGUUGGUCUCCUGGUUGUGGCUUUUUUCGAUUGGACAAUGAUCUAGCUGAACUGUACUUCAUCAAGACAAAGAACAUAUUUAUAGGUCUUGAAAGCGAGUCUUCAGAGUUUGCGUCUUUGUUGUUGCGCAUGGAAGAAGGACCAAAAGCGCCCGUAGAUGCACUUCUCUCGAUCGAAUUAGUUCAUAGUCAUUAUUUUAAAUCUGAAGAUAGAGAUACUUCGAAGAAUCGGUGCCUAAAUACGAUAGUGUCCUUCUCGGAAAGCAAAUACAGGCACAAGUUUGCUAAUUGCUUGGAACUUCAAAAAGCAAAAAGUGAGGGAUUUGUGAUUACUGGAGGGGGUUCGAAGGGUGACAAAGAUGGUCUCAUGUUUGUUGUUUAUGUGCAUAUCCUGAGAAAGAAGACAGAUCCUGGCACUUAUUUGUCAGUAGAUGCUAGGUCCUUCAUGUUAGCUUGUUAUCAUGAAGAAGUAACACGUGAAGUACAAAAGGUUUGCUUGGAGUGCGUUGCGAGUUUAGAAAAAUUCGUCCAGCUUGGUUUUCCCAAGAUGCUUCAGUUAAGAAGAAAUUAGUGGAUAUGUGUUUGGGUCCUCUUGAUAAGAGUGCAUUUCUGAGAAAAACGCGACAUUAUUGGGACCGAGUAUGCAGAGAAAGAAAAAGACUGUUAUGCUAAACUUGAUUUGAACCAGUUAAUUACAACUUCAGAGAAAGGCUCAGUUUCCUUGACGGAUGAUUUAGAAACAACCUUGAGAAAAGUAGGGCGAUACAAAAGUUGGGUCAGCAAUAUAAUAAUCAUCUUCUCGAGUAUCACAGGCACUGAAUUUUCUGAUCAACUUUUGGCUCUUGGAUGGUGCGCCAUCCAGUUGCUUUUUACCUCUUAUUAUUCCGGACUGGUGGCUUUUGAUAUCGAGAUUGAAAUUGAAAGACUUGAUAAGUUGAAAGUUGAUGCACCAUUAGUAUCACGAAAGAAUAGAUGGUGUAGAGAUAAACCUAAAGCUAAUACUGUGAUGCAUGAUGUCACACCUGCAAAUGCACCUUCACCUACCGUACCUGAUGCACCUUCAACGACCAUACCUGAUGCACCUUCAACGACCAUACCUGAUGCACAGAGCUCAGCAGAAGGCUUUGAUAACAUACUUAUUAGCACAGAGCUCCAGGAGUUAAAUAAAGACGGAUCAGUGUCGUGGAUUAAGCCAUCCGACAUGUCAGAUGGAGUUGUGAGCAGGAUCGACUGCGAUGGAGCAUUAUAUGGAAAGGAAGAUAAAGGAUGUUUAGCUGGAUAUAGUUGUGUUGUCCGAAUAGUGAAAAAUGGCAAGCUUACAGUGUUGGUGGCUAUUGCUGGUGGUGCCAGACCGGAUUCGUCGCUCGUUCAUGAAAUGCAGGGGGUCCGGUGUGGAUAUAGGCAAGCUUUAGACCGCAACCUUCAUCAAGUUGAGCUGUCCUGCGAUUGUAUUGAGACAAUUCUUCAUAUUGCUAAAGGACUCGCAAGGGAAAGAGUUGUAGGUAAAAACUCCAGAAGAUCAAAAAGGAUGACAGCAAUUAUUAAUAACAUCAUUUCACUUCAGGGCCAAAUAAAGUAUUCACGGAUGUUCGACAUGCGUAGAGGUGCAAAUGAGGUUGCUAACCAGAUAGCUCAUUUCAUUACUAAGCCAAACGAUGAGGUUCCUUUCAAACAAGCAGAUUUUGACAAAGAGGGCAAUCAGCUACCAGAGAAGCUGCAAAUAGCCAAGGAAUAUCUUGUUCAUGAUGCAAAGGGAACCAAAUACUUCCCAUAAGGAGGUUUAUUUCCUGUAGACUUAGAGAUGGAGGCCUAGCUUCAUGAAGUGUUAAUGCCUGUUUUAUUCAUGGAAUGAGGUGCUUGAACAGUAUUUUUAUUUCAAACAGUAAGAUAUGGCUCUUUAAUUCUGUGUAGGCCAUAGGGAACCCUGAGACACAUAGGUAGAAAUUAUUUCCAGGACUUUCUUUUGAGUAUGCUCAGUAAUAUUUUGGUUUAAUGCCCAGAUUUGGUUUUCUCAG